AUGGAUCCUUUGAGCAUCACGACAGCUGUGCUUCGGAUCACAACGACCUGCAUUGUAGCUGCCAAAGAGCUCAACGAAAUUCGUAACGCGUGGAAACGCGCGCCUGUUACUGUAUCCUCGCUCUGUUCGCAGCUUAAACUCACGGGUGCCUCGCUCUCGCAGAUCCAGUCGCUACUCCUGAGUGACACAGAUGUCCUCCAGGAGAAGCCGGCACUGAUCGAGACGUUGGACACGACUCUGACAAGCUGUCUGGUGCUUUCAACAUGGCUUGAGAAGUACAUGCUGAAGAUCACAAAAGGUGUCCUUGAUACCUCCAGACUAGAUUGGAAAGCAAAGUUUAAGACGCUUUGGAAUGAUGAUGAAGUCAAAGAGCUUCAGGAGCAACUGCAUCAACAGCAUGCUGCCAUUAGCACACUGGUUGGGCUACUACAAAUGGAUUCAUUGACCGAGAUGAAGAAACUUAUCCAAAAGCAUGGCAAAAUGCUUCAAAGAAUCGCGAAUGACACUCAACGUAUGCGAGAAGCUCAUUCGAUAGAAGCGGCGGAAUCCAUACUGGGUACCGAUGACUCGAGCAGUAUCUUCAGCAAGCUGCCGAUUCGUGAUGACAUCAGUGACCAUCAUUCCGGAAGUCUUUUCGAAUCCGAGGUUCUGAAAUCGAAUGUGUAUUCGAAGGCACUGAACAACACUAUGAAACAGACAGCAGAUAUCGAACCUGACGACGCGAACACUGUCGCUGACGAUGGCAUGACUAUGUACAACGAUGAUUCAGAUUGUACUAUAGACUCGCCAAUUACUGAGGAAGAUUCGGCUUCUGCUCUAAUGGCUGGAACUCCUACAUUUGCUCCUUUCAGUGCUUCGUUCACAAGCGCGAUCAACUAUCUCCGUGUUGGAACAAUCGGAGCUUUGAGCUUGGAAAACUACACUGCUCAAAGCCCUAAGGAGCUGAGUCUCAAAUGCUAUAACGAUAUCGUCGCAUUACGAAAGUUGGAUGAGUGGCGGUACUUGGGUAAGAUCUAUGAAAAUGACAUCCAGAGAACUGGCAUAGUUGAUCGUAGAAGACUCUGCGUGGAGUACCGCUUAAACGUCCCCUUACAGAUAAAAGCCAGCAGGAAUUCCGGAAGCGAUACUUAUCGGGAACGCGGCCUUCAUUAUCUCAAAGGGGAUGCACUUGAGAUCAAGGCAAGCGCCAGAAACCUCCAUGAUUGCAACAAUUCUGACAAUGACAGUCCAUUGAUCAUAGUGUAG